GCUGGACGGAGGCAGACGAGUCGCGUGGAGGCGUCUCAUUUGACAACGGAGCUGUUAUAUGGACCCGCGCGUGGAAGGGGAGCGUUCGCCACGAAAACGAUGCCAUUUAAGGCGCAUUUAUUGAUCUGUUUGUUGCUCGGGUCCGUCGUGCGCCGUGGCGGCGGGGCCGAGGUCUCUUUGUGGAAUAUAGACAUCAGCUCGGAUUAUGAAGCAGUGUUCCGCAAAACCCUGUUUUCAAACACUACAAUCUACCUAAACUUUAAAGGAGAUAAGUCAUCAUGUGAUGACAGCCUGGCCUUCAAUGUCAGCUGGUAUCUGCGGUCCUCCGUCUGCUACAACGAGGUCUUUAACACGGCUGACAAUAAGGCGUUGAGCUUGUUUGGCAGAGAGCAGAUGGUGAAGAAAGGCUGGAGUGGCUACUACAGCCAGGGUUAUGUCCUGUUUGACAACUGCACUUCCCUCUUCGUUGACAAGGUGUACUACGCAGAGUUUCCUCCAUACCAGCUCCUGACCAUGCCAGACAGCGACGGGAAUGGACCAUUAAAUCAUAGCUCGCCUCAAGGAUGGGCAGAGAAACCGACAACCGGUGCAGUGGCCAAGGCGUGGCAGGACAGUCCGUACUUGUUUAUUGUGAAAGUGCAGUUCCUGUCCAGGGAGAGCAGUGCGGUGCGCCAGGCAACGGCAGGGGAGGAGGGGGAGUCCCUUGACUCCUCUCAACGCUUUGCUUUCACCAUGACAGUGAAGAUGAAGGGCCCCUAUGAGUACACCUCCCCAGCGGACUGGCCCCUGAUGAUGUUCUUCAUGGUGAUGUGCAACGUGUACGUGCUCUUUGGAGCCCUGUGGCUCUUCUGGUCGGCCUGCUACUGGAAAGACCUGCUGAGGAUCCAGUUCUGGAUCGGUGCUGUCAUUCUGCUGGGCAUGUUAGAGAAGGCGGUGUUCUACUCGGAGUACCAGAGCAUCCGUACCCGCGGCGAGUAUGUGCAAGGAGCUGUGAUAUUUGCAGAGCUGCUGUCUGCACUGAAGAGGUCGUUGGCUCGAAUCCUAGUCCUCAUUGUGAGCCUGGGAUACGGCAUUGUCAAACCCAGACUAGGAACCACAGUGCACCGGCUUGUCGCAGUCGGGCUGCUCUACCUGCUUUUUUCCUCAGUGGAAGGUGUUCUGAGGGUCACUGGGAGUUUCUAUGGUACAGUUGCGCUGGUGGCAAAUCUCAGUCUGUCCCUCAUCGACUCCUGUGUCAUGUGGUGGAUUUUCAUCAGUCUUUCCCAGACCACCCGUCUGCUAAAGUUGCGCAGAAAUGUUGUGAAGCUCUCCCUUUACCAGCACUUCACCAACACACUUAUCUUCUCUGUGCUGGCUUCAAUAAUUUUUAUUAUCUGGACAACCAAAGUGUUCAAGCUGGUCGACUGCCAGACUGGAUGGAGGGACCUGUGGGUAGACGAUGCCUUCUGGCGGCUUCUCUUCUCCACCAUCCUGCUGGUCAUUAUGGUGCUGCUGCGGCCCUCCGCUAAUAGCCAGAGGUUCUCCCAUUCCCCUCUUAUUGAUGACGAAGACGAUGAUGAUGAGGAGAAAGAGCCAAUGAUAAACGAAGCGUUUGAGGGAGUCAAGAUGAGGGGGACAAAGCCAGAGACCAACGGGGCCCAGAAAGUUCUGAGUAAGGAGGACGAGGACUUGAAAUGGGUGGAGGAGAAUAUUCCCACGUCUGUGGCGGAUGUAGCACUACCCGUGAUGCUGGAUGAGGAAGAGGAAAUUCUGAAAACCAAGCUGGAAAGAUCAAAAAUGGAAUAGAGGAGAUCCUGCUAAAGAAGAAUUGGACUUUCUACAACAUUUACAUUUCAGUUGAAUUUGAGAUUGUGUAUUUUAAAUAUGUAAUGAUAAAGUGGCAGGCUGACCCAGAUAUGGGGGGAGAGUCAGGCUGAACAUGGGUUUGGUAGCAUCUCCAGUCAGGGUCCUGGGAUUAUUGUUGUGUACAGUAGUAUUUGGAAAAAUGCAAAGAACAGGUUGAAGCACUGUGGGUGGGUGUUCAGGAGAUGGGGUACCUUGUACCACCAUGAGCAGAACCAACACAAGAGUAAUUUGCUCUAGCAGAAAUGUUUUCCAAGUCUGCUGUCUUGCUAGUAGCCAUCAUUGAGUUUGGAGUAAAUUUUUAUGUUGUUAUAUUACUGGUGGAACAGUUGGCAGCUGGUCCCCUUGAGGAAAUAGGUGUACUGGUGUCUGGGCUCCAGCAGAGAGCGCCAGCCAUCCCAGUGUUGAAACUUGGUGAGGGUCAGUCUGCUGUGCAGUCUGCUGCUGAAAUACCCAUGUCCAGCUUUCGUUUUUGUUCACGUACAGACUUCAGUUCACAUCGUUUGUUUUCAUAAAACCACUGAAAACUGCCAUAUGACAUAUUCAAGAGAGAAGGGAUUGAUAAGAUGGACAGCCUGCUAUUAGCCACACAUCAACUUUUUUUUUUUAGAAUGCCAAGGCUGUGCAAUUGAGAACACAAAGACAUUGAGACAUACAAAUGGUGGCUUAUUUGUCUUGCUUUUUUUUUUUU